AUCAGUGAUGAUAGUGAAUUCAUUUAUUUCCACAAACAUUUUGAUUAUAGUUUAAUCAAUUAUCAUUAUUAUUUGAAAUAAUUUAUCAACCACCACAUUUCUAGACUAUUGUCAUAUAUGAUCAUACGGCUACCUGUCUUUCACAUUAUAUUUCUUCAUAUGUCAUCAUAUUCAAAUAUGUAAGCUGUAAAUUAUACAAAAUAUAAUAAACAUACUAACAGGUAAUGUUAAAACUGUUAAAUGUUUAUUAAAUAAGGAAAAAUUAUCUUGACAUUUAAUUUAUAACAUUUUUGUACGAUUAACAAUAUUAAGUGAUCAUCAGCUAUUUCUGUUGAUAACUAGUGCAUUAAAAUAUACAAUUCCUUCUUCUGAUUUAGAGACUUGGAAUUAUAUUGUUAAAAACACCUCACAACAAGCAUGGCUGUUGAAAUAAAAACACAUCGAGACAGAUACAAUGGUCUCACAAUUGAUUCUGCUCAACAAAAUUUACAAGAUGAAGUGGCAUUUAUUGAACAACUUAAAGCUUGUAUAAAUGAAUGGAGGGCAGAUGCUGAAAUUAGAGGAUUAUGGGUAAAGAUUAAUAAAAAUCACUCCAGUAUUAUACCUCAUUUAGUAGCUUUAGGGUUUGAGUUUCAUCAUGCUCAACCCGGUUAUGUUAUGAUGUGUCAAUGGUUGUCUGAUAAUGAACCAAAUGGUCUUCCAGAAUAUGCCAAUCAGUAUAUAGGUGUAGGAGGAUUUGUUGUCAACGAUAAAAAACAACUCUUAGUUAUACAGGAAAAAUAUACAAUUAAAUCUCACUGGAAACUACCUGGUGGUCAUGCUAACUGUGGGGAAGAUUUACAAGAAACUGCUCAGAGAGAGGUAUUUGAAGAAACGGGUAUUAAAACAGAAUUUAUAUCUCUACUGUGUUUUAGACAUCAGCAUCAAUAUAGAUUUGGAUGUUCAGAUAUAUAUUUUAUAUGUUUAAUGAAACCUGUUGGAGGUGAAUUAAAACCCUGUCAACAAGAAAUAGAUAAAUGCACCUGGAUGGAUGUAGAAGAAUAUAUGAAUCAUCCUGAUAUAUCUGAUGCUAACCGAUAUAUUGCACAGUGUUACCAAAAUAUAUCAUCUAAUGGAAAUGUGUCUAUUACUCCGGAAAGAGUUAACAAUUUUAACAAUACUAGAACUAAUAAUAUAUACAGUGUUGGCUUAAUCAAUACUAAAAGUUAAACUUAAUUAAAAACUAAUUACAUUUUUUUAUCCCCACUGUCCACCACGUAUAUUUUAAACUGAGUGGUAUUGUUGAAGUAAUGAACAGGAAAGUAUAUAAGCCAGUGUUUUUUUUUUAUUUACUUCCUUUUGUAGAAAGUUAUUCUUAUAGAAUGAAUACUAGUGUAAAUUUAGAGAACAACUUUAAUAGAUGAAUGUAUAAACUAUAAUUAAUUUAUAAUUAUUGUGGAUUUAUUGAUAUACAAUAUUUCCAUACUUAUUUCACGACAUGUUUCUUGUCCUGAUUACAAACUUUGAGUGAAACAAAUUUAGAAGAAUGUUAUUAGUAAAACCCUUUAGUUCUUAUUAAGAGACCUAGUUGUUCAAAUAUAUAUUAAAACUUAUUUUUGGUGUAUUAACCAAUGUAAUCUGGUGUAUUAAUAUUUAUUUAUUCUAAUUUCUCUAUGAUCAAUGGCCAAUCUAAUUAAAAAUUAAUGGAAUUUCUUGCAUAGAUUAAUUCUUAUUCCUAAUACACUGAUAAUCAAUGAUUACUAAAAUACUACAACUAAUGAUUUAUCAAUUGACCAUUAUAUUUUGAAUUAUUCUUGUGAUCUCCUAGAAUAUUGACUAAUUGCAGGGCUUGUUUUGUUUUUAGUGGGUUUUUUUUUUUCAGGGUAGAAAAGUAGUGGAUGCAAAAGCAAUUAAUAAUAUACGUUUAAAUGAUAAAAACAAAUGUCUAUAGUUAUCACAUUUAUUUGAUAACUUUCAAUAAUCUAUUUAAAGAACGAUCUGUUCAAUGUGAUAUCUUAAAUUAUAACAUGAUAUAUCAAUAUGCUCAUGACUACUUGCGGGUAUGUCUGCACCGACUGGGUUAAUGGCCCACUGUUAUUUCCAAUUCCAAAGUUUCUUUUACGAAUGCUAGUGUGUAUACGAGAAUUCAGUUUUUUGUACCAUACAAACGACUAGACACUGUUUUGCACCACUGACCGCAGCUCCCAAUGAUUUUCAAGGUAAUGAAGGUAAUUGUGCAAUAUGAAAACUGAGAUGUAGAUGAUAGAUAGGACAGAAAAUAUGUUAUUAAGUGUAUUUUUGCAGUUAACUGAUAUGUGCCUUGAACCUUGUAAAUAAUUUACCAAAUAAGAUGUAUUUUCUUCUAUUGAAGUAAAAGAACAAAAAUAGCUCAAAAAUCUGUUUUAGGAUUAUUCAGUUAGGGCUAGAUAUUUUAAGAACUCCAGAAAAUGUUGAAUUUGUGACUUUUAUUCAGAAUUUUCUUUUUUCUGGAGUUAAAUGAAAUAUAGUAUAGUUCAUAAUGAAUUUAUGUGUUCAUUUGAAUUUUAUAUAAAAUAUUUGAUUUUUUAAAUUUUUAUUUUAUUCCAUUUGA